AUGGGUCCGCCACCAUGUACCUCCACAGACGCUUCCCCCGCUUCCGCCCGGGGUUUCUCCCACCCAAAGCGCUUCAUCACCGAUCAUGACAGUGAAGGGAAUGCAGUCUUUAGUACUACGAUUCCAGAACAAAUCCCUUUUCAACAAAUACCUGGAGAUGCCAUCUUUUCGCUGUGCUAUGCCACAAAUGGGUCCCCGGUAACGUUGAACAACAGUGCCGACAUCAAUGUAUAUUCCGACUACCUUGAAAAUCUCCCCGGCGUAAUGAUUCCCGGUGGCACUGUCCUUCGCAUGGUCGACAUGCCACCAGGUGCUACAUCGCCCAUGCACCGCACCGUCUCACUCGAUUAUGGUGUAGUGCUAGAGGGCCAAAUCGAACUAGUGCUUGAUAACGGAGAGUCACGGCUUAUGAAGCGCGGAGAUGUAAGUGUUCAGCGUGGCACUAUGCAUGCGUGGAGGAAUGCAAGUGGGGAGGGUAAGUGGGCUAGGAUGUUGUAUGUUUUACAAGAGAGCAGGCCGCUAGAAAUUUCCGGCCAGGAACUAGGAGAGGAUUAUGGGGGAUUGCAGGUCCCUGAAAGCAGGAAGUGA